AUCGCAGGCUGCGUGUCAGGGCAGUCGACUUACAGCUGGCUGUGAGGACAACUGACGCCACUCUGUGUUUGUUUGCUCUUUAUCACCGCUAUACCCGCACUUCAAAAAAAAAAAAAGUCUCCAAACUAAUUAAUAAUUACCGCGAGAACUUGUUGGGUAGUUCUGCCGUCGGGGUUCGGACCAGUAAAGUUGGAGGCUGGGCCUGCAGCUGCCGCUGAGAGCAGAAGGAAAAAGCUGGUCUUUUUUUUUCUUUCUUUUUUUGAAAAGUAAAGCUCAAUAAAUGCUACUAACGAAAAUGGACCUGUUGAACUACCAGUACCUGGACAAGAUGAACAACAACAUCGGCAUCCUCUGCUACGAAGGCGAAGCAGCUCUGAGAGGGGACCCCAGACUCCAGUCCCUGUCCCUAUCCUCGUCUUCCUCCUCUUCCUCUUCAUCGUCAUCCUCCUCAUCGUCCUCCUCCAUCUCCAGCCACAGGACAGGUCCUCCUCCCAUCAGCCCCACCAAGAGGAAGCUGAGUGGGGACCAGGGGGACAGCGACAUGGACGACAACGAGCACGUGGCCAAGAUGAGUCGACUGUUUGCUGCACAGCUAAAACCUAAUGGAGACUACCGCAGCUCUCCCAUCUCCAAGGACCGGAGCCGGAGCCCCAUUGAGCGUGUGGUGGUGCCCGGCGCUCUGGGCAACCACCUGUACAGCCACACCCACCACCACCACCACCACCACCACCACCUGGCCAGCUUAGCCAGCAUGGACCAGCCACUGGCACUUACCAAAAACAGCAUGGUGGAGUCGGCACGCAGCACCACAGCAGCCAUGGCCUCAGCGCCGCACACAGUCAGCGCCGUGGAACGCCAGCAGAAUCGUCCUUCAGUGAUCACAUGUGCUCCAGCCAACAACCGCAACUGCAACCUGUCCCACUGUCCCGUCUCCCACAACGGCUGCUCCAACCUCAGCAACAGCUACAGGAGGAUCAACACCAACACAGCCUGUGACCCUGUGAUCGAGGAACAUUUCCGCCGCAGCCUUGGGAAGAACUACAAGGAGCCCGAGCCUGCUGCCACCAACUCGGUGUCCAUCACAGGCUCGGUGGAUGACCACUUUGCCAAGGCGCUAGGCGAAACCUGGCUGCAGAUCAAGAACAAGGGGAGUCCCUCGUCGUCCGGCAGCAGCCCAAACUCCUCCCCCGACAGUCACAUGGUCAAUCACAACCACUCCCCUUCUGUUGUCUCCUGAAGAGGAGGGAGUCGCUCCCGUUUCCCCGACCCUCCAAUCAUCCCGGCUCCAACAUCCAUGCCCCGUCACUUUGGUCUGUCACCAGCUUCCCAGAGGGAAUGCUGCCUGCUGGUCUGCUAAAAACAUCCAAACCCUCUCGCCUGUUCUCUCACUGUGCCCUCACAGAGGAUCAAUCAAGCAAUAACCACAUGGUCAUUUCCCCCUUCUGUCCUCUGGUCGCUAUUGCCAGACAAUAAUCAGCCCUGAGUGAUGAGGGUGCGACUUGGGACUCGACUGGAGCAUCAGCUUGCUCCUUCCAGUCAUUCAUCACCGCUGCAUGUCAGGCUUGGAGCUGAGCAAGUGUCUGUAGUUAUAUGUACAUAAAGAGAGAGGAGAGGCGCUGUUUAAUUAUUAAUUUUCUUUUCUUCUCUGUUUUUUUUUGUUUCUUUAACAGUAGUUUCGUGUACUGCUUUGCAUUAUGAGAUGCCUGACGUUUGAAAGGAAAGAUAAGUGAGAAACACUUGGGAGGAAAUAAUCACAAACCACCUGACUGUGCUACCAAAGAAACCUCAGACGCUGAUCGACGGCCACCUCGAAACAAAGAGCCUCCGUCUGUCUGUCCUCUCCCUCCCUCUGUGUCCUGCUGGUUCUGUGGGUUUGUGCUUCGGUGAUGGACUCAGUCUGAUUUGCACUACUGCCGUAGAGGUGGAGGCUGGCCGGUCCGUUGUGUAAUCUGCACCUAGACAGCUGAUUCUGAUACGGUUAGAUGUCAUCUCAGUUUGCUGGAACCUCGACUUGAUCUCCGAUUAACUCCUGUUUGAAGUUGACCUGGGCAGCAGGCAGAAAGGUGUGACCUACAUUAUUGUGCAUUAUUUAUUGAAGGCAUUUCUGAAACGUGGAACACACACACCGGUGGGUUGGGCACUGGACACACUCUACUCAGUCUGUUUGGUUUCCACGUGUCCUGCUAUGAAAUCACUCUUCAUCAGGGCAGCUGUUAGCUAAAACACUCGCUUCCAGGAUAGGAGACUGCUGUGACCAAGCAGCACAGCGUGUUCGGUUGCAUUAAACGGAUCCGUCCCCACCAGCACUUCACUGCAUUAAGGGCAUGGGUAUCAGCACCCGGGCUGUGGGAGGGAUGGAUGGCCAUUCUUCAAAAAACAUUCAUCACAAUGGAUACCGACAGACACAUCAAUCAUUCAGCAGCCACGUCGUGCUGCUUUCCCCAAAAAAGGGUCCAAGUGAAGUGAAUGAAGGUUAAGCUGAGGGUUCACCCUUUAUUCUAAUGUGUCCAUUUGAGGACUGUACAGAUGACGAGUAGAGGACAAACUACUGUGGAAGAUAAAUUCACCCAUUGUAUUUGUAGAGUGGAAAUAUGGCCACCUUCAUGUUUCACCUGUGGAGGCAAAGUCCUCACAUGCACCACGCUGCCCAGCCCUCCGGAGCAGCUCAUGUUCACGAUUUAACCAGUUUAGUUAAUCGAGCAUUGGCUGGUACUGAACCAACAAAAGCACUUCUCAUAAAGUUGCUGCCUCUUGGUUUCCAAGCAAAGUCCGGUUAUCGGAUCAGUAGCUGUGGUGUCGAUGGACUUCCCAGAUGAAGGCUGAACAGCAGAACAUCCUGCAGUGUGCUGAACAUCGUGCUCUGAUGUGUUUCGGUGAUGACGCUGCAUGUCACUUUGUGGUUGAAAGAAAAAAAGACAAGUGUGGUUUGUCGACCGGGGGAGAGAAGAUUCUUCAGAUCUCUUCACACAUGCCUUUGUAUUCGUAGCUCUUUGUCAUUAUGUUGGGCUCCCGCCUGGUGUCCUCCCUCCCUCUCCUACACUGUGGUUUGGUAGAUUCCUGCAAGGUUUUAAGGGUAAAUGAAUGCUUUUACAGAUGCAUGUUUUGUUUUGUUUUUAAUAGCUGGUAUCUAUUAGUGUUUUUAGCAUUUCAACCUAACUACUAUUAGCCUUUCAUUCAGACGUUAGUUGUUACUUCUUUCGUGUCAGUAACAGACAUAGACACUAUACACUCACUGCUGGGUCAGUUGUACUCCAUAUUAUUAUUGUUAUUGUUAUUAUUUUGUAUUUUUGUUUUCCAUUAAUAUCAGUAUGGUAACACAGUCCUGUAGUGGGGCAGCCUCCGGACAGGCUCUGUUAAUGGUGAGAGCUGCGUCUCUCAGGUCCAUCUGAGCUCAACCAGCCAUCAGCAGCGAUGGUGCUUCUGGUGGUUCCUUGUCUUUGGGACGCGCAGCUCGUAAAGGUUUUCUUAAGAUGUUGAUCCAUCGGUGGUACAGGAUGCUACAACCUUCAGCGUGACUGAGCUGAGGCACCAAAUCGACACAAAUCGAUCAGCUGGUUUGGGUUUUUUUCUGGAAGACAUCCCAGUCUGUUUGGCUCCCAUCUUAAAGCCACCACCUCCAGACCAGCCUUUGCUGGCAGACUUUAACACAGGACCUGGGAAGUGACGGUUUGGGAGUGACGAUGACUCUCACAUCUGUUGUUGACACACAAGUGUCCCAAAACUGUCACAUUCAAGAGCAAAGCAUUUGUAGACCGAGCAGAAAGAUGCUAGCAAAGAAAACAGACCAGAUGAUUAGUUCCCUGGAUUCUUUCAGCCUUCAUCAGCUGACCUCAUGUGUUCUGAUUUGGUGUCCAGACCUUUUUAUAUAUAUUUCAAUGUUUUCUUUUCUGAAGAACAUUGUUUUGUUUCUGCGGUUAAACUAGACUAUUACAGUCUAAGUAAAUUUCACUCCAAGGUGGCAUACAUUCCUCCUGUAGGGAACUUUGUACAGGCCUCAUCCACACUCAGUGUCUCCAUAUGAACAGACAGAGCUAAGGCCCUGACCCCAGUCCCAGAGGGCCCAGAGCAUCUCUGGUGUCUUUACCGGAAUCAUGAACACUGGCCAUACCAAGCAUUGAUGUCAUAACAUUUUCAGGUCGUUUAGAACGUAGAAUUUAUAGAACGGGGCUGUGAUUUUAAUAGCAGACGGUCAAAAAGGUUCUCAGUUUCUAUCAAAAACACAAAAUCAUUUCAAGUCUCGAGCUGAAGGUAGCAGGUGAUGAGUUUAUAUUUGCUUUGGGUUAUUAUUAGGGAGUAUGGUGAGUACAUCCAUUAGAGUUCUAUAUGUGGAGCGUGUUCUCUGGGUUCUACGAUGUCCACACAUUCCAUCCUCAGCCAGCAAAACUGAAUCAGAAGUGAUAUUCAAAGCUCAAGAAUUUCCGAUACCCCAAACUUUCUCAAUUGGCUGUAACAAA